CGACAAGAGACAUGACUAACUGUGCUCAUUAAAGGCAAAUUCAAGUGGGUUAAGAUGUUAGUAAUUCUGUUUCUGGCUCUUCAGCUUACAGAGGUCCCAGGACAAUUUUCACCCAGAUUUGUUGUCCGAGAUGGAGAUGAUGUCACUCUGCCUUGUGAAAAUAACGGGAGAAAUUAUCAGGAUACAUGUGACAAAACUACAUGGCUGUUCAAUAAUUUGCGAGAUGAAACAAUUAUUGUUUCUGCAAAGACCCACGUGUAUAAAAACCCUGAAAGACUGAAAGUGACAAAAAAUUGCUCUCUGGCUAUAAAAGGGGUCUCUAAUAAGGAUGUUGGUUUCUACACCUGCAGAACUAAACAUUCAAUGAAACAACAUGAUGCUGCUGCUUAUCUGUUUCUCAUAACAAUGAGUGAGAAGAAAGAGGGUGAGGAUGUUUGGUUGUCUUGCAUCGUGUCAACAAAUGAAAUGUGCAAACACACAGUGGACUGGAUGUAUGAGGGAAAAACUGUGGAAGAUACCAUGAUCACAAGGAAAUCCAGAUGUUCUGUUACCAUGGUCAUUCCAGAUAGUUUUCCUAAGAAGAACUCUAAAUAUCGUGAGCAGCUUUCAUGCAAAGUGAAGGACGAUCAAACUAAAAGAGAGCAGCUGUUUACCCUCCGUCCUCUGUCUGUUGGUGAGGAUGUAAACACCACAACAAAUCUAGAAGGAAGAAGAGCUAGCGUAACAUUACCUGCAGUCAGAAACACUUCAGCAACUCCAUUAAAUCUGUGGUUAUACAUCGUUGUGACGGUGGGUUUAGUAGCCCUCAUAGUAACAGUUAUAGUGAUCAUGCUGUGGAUAAAAAGGGAAGAUGAAAAAUCAACGAGGAGUCCAGAUGUGGAGCUAAACACAAACUGUGCUGCAGAUCUAUCUACUUUAGAAACCAGAGCAAAAGUGGCUGAUCCUGAUAAUGACAUGACGUACUCCACCAUUCAUCACACAAAGACGGCGAAUGGUAAAACUGGGGUUAAGGAUGGAGAGGAAGAAGGUGACUCGGUGACCUACAGCUCUGUGAAGGUUCAUUCUGCUGAUCCUGGCAGCCUCGACGCAACCAUCCGCAACCUAAAUGAAUGAAAAGAGAAAUAUCUUGUUACUAGAAGUAAUCAUUACCAUAUCAGCUGAUUGCUUUUGUGACUUAUCUAAGCUAAUUGGAGGGCGUUAGAUGGUGUUAGCCAGGUUUCAGUGAAACAAAAACUAUUCAACUUGAAUCCAAAAAUGUUUUAAAAAAAACACAAUCCACUGGACUUAGUUUCCCAGUUUGAAGAUGUUUCGCUUUCCAUUCAGGCAGAGUUUGUGGCUUUAUAGAAUGGCCCAAAACAAAGCCUUGUUUUGGCUUAGAAAACAUGCAAAUUGAACCUGAAGAACAGGUCCGCCCCUUAGGAAUGGGGAGUCGUUGAGGUGUUUGUUAGCCUGCAGUACCCGAUACUGGUCUAUGCCUCUGAAAAGGGGGUCGUUAGGGGGAAUCAUUGGCCUGGCUGAACAGGCGAGAUGUUCUGGUCUUUUCUGUGACAUCUGACUAUUUCCAAUUUACUUAUAUCUGAUUGUUUCCUUUUUUUAGUUUUUAAAUUAUUGGUAAAUCAUCUACAAUUCAUUCCUCAACUGUGAUCAGGGUGUUAAAUACUAAAAAAUAGCUUAUUCCUUUGCCAAAGUUCACCAAGACAAAAAAAAUGAAA